CUAUGACACAUUUUAUACUGUUAUUAGACCAUUAGGUUGAACUAUUUUAAACUUAAAAAUGAUGUGAUUCUACACUCACUACAUGUGUGACUUGGUGCUUAUGUAGUCCAUCAAUGUUAGAUGGCAGGAAAUUCCAGAAGGGUCUUUAAAUCUUUAAAGGAUCAAAUGCAUAAAUCAUCUUUACUGCAUGAUGCAACUACUGCAAUUGGAAAUGCAACUGAAAGGGCUCAAGAGAGGAUGACUCAUCUUCAAAAUGUAGUCGCUAAUAUGUAUGAAAACGCUUUUCAGCAAGUCAAAAGCUCUGCCAUCGCUAAAGAUUUGAAUAACUCUACCUUACAACAUCCUCCUUUGCCCAAGUACCUUGUUAAUUAUUGGCAAUGGUACCAGCAGCUGACAGGGAUGGACAAAGUCGAAAUUGCCAAAGAGCAAGUUAUAACUUUUCAAGAGAGAUUAUUCAAGUGCCAAGAUCAAAGGAGACUUUUGACACACCAAGCUAAUUCCAUUAGUGAAAAGUUGAAGGAAAUAUACAGCGAGCUUAUACAAACGAAACGUGAUGAUUCCAAAUAUGUCCAACUAACUAUCUUAGAAAACAAGUGUUUGCAAGGUGAGAUUCGAAUAAGAGAUCAGUUGCAGUUAUUGGAAAAUGAAGAACGUGAUCAUUUCACGCAAUUGACAACAGCGAUCAAGGAGUACCACGAUAGUCAAGCAAUGAAUGCCCAAAAAUAUAAAUACCUCUCAAUUUUAGCGUCAGCAUUUUUAGCAAUAGUUUCUUUGACUGGCUCCAUGUUUUACAACAAUAAAAGAAUAGCAGAUGUCAGAAAUGUUAUUUCUAGAUCACAAGUCUCCAUAGAAAGAAACUUGGAUGAAAAAUUUUCAGAAAUCAUUAACAGGAUCAAUAUCCAAGAAAAUACUAUAAAAGUAGCACUUGAUGUCAAAAAAGUAGAGACAGUUGACACUUUGCAAGAAAAUGUAUGGGACAAGAAUGAGAGUGUAGGAGAUCAUUUACCACAAGAAAUAGACAAAGUGAAGCAAACUGUGUACUAUUUUGGAAUUGCAGUUUGUGCACUGUAUUUUCUACAAGUUUUGAGAAGCUAGAAUUACAAGCCACUUUUGGUAAAAUAAAAAAAAAAAAUUUGGCGUAGUUUUUAAUUAAUUAUGUAUUAUGUGUUUCUACUCUCAUUUUUAAAGGUUUA